AUGAACGAAACGGUGAUCUGCACCUACAUCUCCUCGUGCCCCGAUCAUCUGUUCAUGCAGCCGAACGGCAAGCGGUGCAACAUGCAGCAUGCCUGCGACCACUGGGACACCUGCUCCCAGGUGUGCCAGACCAGAGGCAAGGGCUACGACUGUCGCUGUUUGGAGGGAUUCGACCUCGCCUACGACAAAUUCACGUGCAAGAGCACCGCACCCGACGAACCGUACGUGAUAUUCACCAAUCGGCAGGACAUCAAGGGCAUCAACCUGAAGACAAUGGCGGUGGGCACGUUCUACACGUCGCUGAGGAACAUCAUUGCCCUGGACUUUCUGUACAGCAACGAGUCCAGCAUGGAGGUCUACUGGACGGAUGUGAUCGACGACAAGAUCUACAGGGGAGAACUGGUGGACGAGAGCCUGCGCAGUGUGGAGGCCGUCAUCCAUUCUGGCCUCUCCACGACCGAGGGCCUGGCCGUCGACUGGGUGGGCAAGAAUCUCUACUGGAUCGACUCGAACCUCGACCAGAUCGAGGUGGCCAAACUGAACGGCAGCUUCCGACGCACCCUCAUUGCGGGCAGCAUGGAGAGCCCUCGAGCCAUAGCGCUGGACCUACGCGAGGGUCUGUUCUUCUGGACCGACUGGGAUGACAACUCGCCGCGGAUCGGGCGGGCCUCCAUGGCCGGCGAGGACCGGCGCAUCAUCUCCACCAGCUGGCAGCUGAGCACCGGCUGGCCGAACGGCCUGACCCUGGACUUUACCCAGAAACGUGUCUACUGGGUGGAUGCCAAGUCCAAGUCGAUCAGCAGCAUCAAGUACGAUGGCUCCGAGCACCAUGUGGUGCUCCGCCAGGCGGACAUACUCUCCCAUCCGUUUGCCAUCUCGGUGUUCGAAAAUUAUGUGUAUUGGACGGACUGGCGGACGAUGUCUGUCAUUCGAGCCAACAAGUGGAACGGCAGCGAUGUCCAGGUGCUGCAGCGCCCCCAAUCCCAGCCGUUCGGCAUACAGGUGCUCCACUCCAGUCGCCAGCCCUGGGAACGGAAUCCCUGCGGCGACAACAACGGCGGCUGCUCGCAUCUGUGCCUGCUCAGCGGGCGGGGGACCUUCAAGUGCGAGUGUCCGCAUGUGAUGCGGCUGGAUCCAAGCGAUGAGCGCAACUGUGUGCCCAACGAGCAGGUGCUACUCUUUGUGAUGGUCGAUGAGAUACGUGGCAUUGAUCUUCAUCAGCCGAAUCACCAUACGAUCCCCACCAUCCGACAAUCCCCGAGGUUGGUGGCACCGCAACGCAUUGAUUUCCUGGUGGAUGAAGGCUGCAUCUUCUGGUCGGACAUUCAGCAGAACGAGAUAUCCAGCGCUGGCAUAUCCAAUGGCCUCAUCGAGCCCAUCAUCAAUACGAACAUCGAGAAGCCGUAUGGCUUCGCCAUCGAUUGGAUUGCCCGCCACAUGUACUUCUCCUCGGGCCAGAUCCGUUGCAAUAUUCUGGCGAGCAACCUGAAGGGUGAAUACGUGAGCCACAUUCACGAGGAUCUCAAUAUGGUGCAUAGCCCAUAAUAUGGACAGCAUAGCCCUGGAUCCGGCCAAUGGCAAAAUGUAUUGGAUUCACUCGGCACCGGAUGCCAGCCUGUGGCAGUUGGAGCAAUCGAAUCUGGAUGGGUCGGGACGACUGCUGAUCUACGAGCACGAGCAUACCCUGCAGAGCCUCACCAUGGACUUUGAUGCGCAGCGACUGUAC